GCCUCAUUUUACGGCAGGUCCACUCUGGUCGCAGCGCGGCGGCAACACCGAUCAGAUCCGCCGUGUGACCACCGGGAUGCCGCUUGGUCCGUGAACGCCUCUCCCUCCCGGACACCGCGACACCGAGGCUUACCCUUCCGCCCGCCUUCCCACGCCCACAUUAGCAACAAACAAACUGCGUGGAAGGAUUUUCAGGCCCAGCUGCUUCUUUUUUUUUCUUCUCUUUUUUUUUUUUAUAAUUCAAGCUGCGGUGAGAAGAAGCGGCUCGACUCAGUAGCCGCGGCCGCUUGACAGGUGCCGUCGCCCGGCGAAAAGCGCGUGGAGAUGCCGCCCGUACAGAGAACCAUGUCGGAUCUUCGAACUCGCGCAGACGGAUACGAAAAGACGGAAGACGUGUCGGAAAAGACUUCUUUAGCAGACCAGGAAGAUGCCCGACUGAUACACCUUAACCAGCCGCAGUUCACAAAGUUCUGCAACAAUCGCGUCAGCACGGCCAAGUACAACGUCAUCACCUUCCUCCCGAGGUUCCUCUACUCGCAGUUCAGGAGGGCGGCCAACGCCUUUUUCCUCUUCAUUGCACUCUUGCAGCAAAUCCCAGAUGUGUCUCCCACCGGUCGCUGGACAACGCUGGUGCCGCUGCUUUUUAUUCUUGUGGUAGCUGCUGUCAAGGAGAUCAUUGAGGAUCUGAAACGCCACAAUGCCGACAGCAUUGUCAACAAAAAGGAAUGUCAAGUAUUGAGAAACGGCGCCUGGGAGAUCGUGCAUUGGGAGAAGGUGGCUGUCGGGGAAGUCGUCCGAGCUGCCAACGGGGAUCACCUCCCGGCUGACCUCGUCAUACUGUCGUCCAGUGAACCGCAGGGGAUGUGCUACAUCGAAACGUCCAACCUGGACGGCGAAACAAACCUCAAAAUCCGACAGGGUCUCCAAGUGACCACCGACUUCAAGGACAUCGAGAGCCUGGCGCGCCUCUCGGGGCGGAUGGAGUGCGAGUGCCCGAACCGCCACCUCUACGAGUUUGUGGGCAACAUCCGACUCGACGGACACAGCACAGCGCCACUGGGCCCGGACCAGAUCUUACUGAGAGGAGCCCAGCUGAGGAACACACAGUGGGUGCACGGCGUUGUGGUCUACACAGGACACGACACAAAGCUCAUGCAGAACUCCACUCGGCCGCCGCUCAAGUUGUCCAACGUGGAGCGCAUCACCAACUUCCAGAUCCUGGUCCUGUUCGGCUGCCUGCUGGCCAUCUCUCUGGUCUGCUCCGUGGGCCAGAGCGUCUGGAAGUACCGGUGCGGCAACGACGCCUGGUACAUGGACCUCAACUAUGGCGGGGCGGCAAACUUUGGCCUCAACUUCCUCACCUUCAUCAUCCUCUUCAACAACCUGAUUCCCAUCAGUCUGCUGGUCACGCUGGAGGUCAUCAAGUUCAUCCAAGCCUUCUUCAUCAACUGGGACACUGACAUGAUCUAUGAGCCGACAAACACCCCCGCCAUGGCUCGUACUUCCAAUCUAAACGAAGAGUUAGGCCAGGUGAAGUACAUUUUCUCCGACAAGACGGGCACGCUGACCUGCAACGUCAUGCAGUUUAAGAAAUGCACGGUCGCCGGCGUGGCGUACGGUCACGUGCCCGAGGCCGAGGAUGGUAGUUUUGCGGAGGACGACGGGCACAGCACGCACUCGUCGGAGGAGUCCGGUUUUGUUGACCCGAGCUUGCUGGAAAACCUCCAAAGUAAUCAUCCGACAGCUGCUGUCAUCCUGGAGUUCAUGACCAUGAUGGCCAUCUGUCACACCGCAGUCCCCGAGCGCAAUGAGGGAAAUAUCACCUACCAAGCAGCAUCCCCAGAUGAAAGCGCUCUGGUGAGAGCUGCACGGAACCUGGGUUUUGUGUUUUCCGGUAGAACUCCAGACAGCGUCAUUGUGGAGAUGCUGGGGAACGAGGAGAAGUAUGAGCUGCUUCAUGUGCUGGAGUUUACAAGCGUCAGGAAGAGGAUGUCAGUCAUCAUGCGCACGCCAUCCGGAAAGAUCCGCCUCUACUGCAAAGGAGCGGACACGGUCAUCUAUGACAGACUGGCAGACAGUUCUCGCUACAAAGAGAUCACGUUGAAGCAUCUGGAGCAGUUUGCCACCGAGGGUCUGCGCACGCUUUGCUUCGCUGUGACGGACAUCAGCGAGUCGUCCUACCAGCACUGGCUGGAGCUGCACCACCGAGCCUGCACCUCCCUGCAGAACCGAGCCCUCAAGCUGGAGGAGAGCUACGAGCUCAUCGAGAAGAACCUGCAGUUGUUGGGGGCCACCGCCAUCGAGGACAAGCUCCAAGAUAAGGUGCCCGAAACCAUAGAGACUCUGAUGAAGGCUGACAUCAAGAUCUGGAUCCUGACCGGGGACAAGCAAGAGACUGCUAUCAACAUUGGACAUUCCUGCAAGCUGCUGACUAAAAAUAUGGGAAUGCUGGUGAUAAAUGAGGACACGCUCGACAGAACGAGGGAGACCCUCAGCCACCACUGCGGAAUGCUGGGAGACGCUCUCUACAAGGAGAACGACUUUGCGCUCAUCAUCGACGGCAAGACGCUGAAAUACGCCCUCACCUUCGGCGUGCGGCAGUACUUCUUGGAUCUCGCCCUGUCCUGCAAGGCCGUCAUAUGCUGCAGAGUGUCUCCUCUCCAGAAGUCGGAGGUGGUGGAAAUGGUGAAGAAGCAAGUGAAGGUGAUCACGCUGGCCAUCGGCGAUGGCGCCAACGACGUGGGGAUGAUCCAGACGGCUCACGUGGGCGUGGGCAUAUCUGGCAACGAGGGCCUGCAGGCCGCCAACUCUUCGGACUACUCCAUUGCUCAGUUCAAAUACUUGAAGAACCUGCUGCUCGUCCAUGGAGCUUGGAAUUACAACCGCGUGGCCAAAUGUAUCCUCUACUGCUUCUACAAAAACAUUGUCCUUUACAUCAUCGAGAUCUGGUUCGCCUUUGUCAACGGCUUCUCGGGUCAGAUUCUGUUCGAGCGCUGGUGCAUCGGCCUGUACAACGUGAUCUUCACGGCUCUGCCUCCGCUCACCCUGGGAAUAUUCGAGCGCUCCUGUCGGAAAGAAAACAUGCUGAAGUACCCCGAGCUGUACAAAACCUCCCAGAAUGCAAUGGGCUUCAACACCAAGGUUUUCUGGGCUCAUUGUCUGAAUGGCCUCUUCCACUCCGUCAUCCUCUUCUGGUUCCCUCUUCAGGCCUUCCAACACGAUACAGUGUUUGGCAAUGGAAGAACCCCCGACUAUCUGCUUUUAGGAAACAUGGUUUACACCUUUGUGGUCAUCACAGUCUGCCUUAAAGCCGGCCUGGAAACAUCCUCCUGGACUAUGUUCAGUCACGUGGCCAUCUGGGGCAGCAUUGGACUGUGGGUGGUGUUCUUCAUCAUCUACUCCUCCUUGUGGCCCCUCAUCCCUCUCGCGCCCGACAUGUCCGGCGAGGCGGAGAUGAUGUUCUCUUCGGCGGUCUUCUGGACGGGCCUGGUCUUCAUCCCUAUCACCUCGCUGGUCUUUGACGUGGCCUACAAAGUGGUGAAGAGAGUGUUCUUUAAGACGCUGGUGGAUGAGGUGCAGGAGCUGGAAGCGUUAUCCCAAGAUCCUGGUGCGGUGGUACAAGGGAAAAGUUUGACGGAGAGGGCCCAGCUCCUGAAGAACGUCUUCAAGAAGAGCACUGUGAGUCUGUACCGCUCCGAGUCCAUGCAGCAGAACCUACUACCACGCUCCUUUGAGCUGACCAACCGGGCCCCACAGGUAGCCUACUGAUCCGCUCGUUUGACCCCAAGGUGAGACACAAAAGGGAAACAUUCGGAACUUAGCGAGUAACCUUUAGACCAGGGGUGUCCAAACUUCCUUCACUGAAGCAUGCAGGGGCCAUUUUGAUGGUUUUUUAUUUCCAAAAUAAUACAAUAUAUAGAUUUUGUUAUUUUAUUUAUUUAUUUAUUUUUUUACCUAUAAGGCUCUGUUCAAGUUUUGUUAAAAAAAAUAAAAAAUGUUAAAAUUUAGUCUUUUUUAUUUGUUAUUAUUCAACGGUCAAAUCUCUAGAACAGAGGUGUCAAAGUCAUUUUAACUCAGGGGCCACAUGGAGGAAAAUCUGUGCCGGCCUAUAAAAAUCCUGGCAUUAAAACUAAAAAAAUAAAGACAACUUCAGAUUGUUUUCUUUGUCUUAUUUUGGCCAAAAUUAGAACAAACUCAUUCUGAAGGCGCCCUUAAAAUAUAUAUUUUUUCUCAAAACUUGACAGUGCACCUUAUUACCCGGUGCGCCUAAUGUCCGGUAUAAUUCUGGUUGUGCUUACCCACCUCGAAGCAGUUUUAUUUGGUACAUGGUGAAAUGAUAAGUGUGACCAGUAGAUGGCAGUCAAACACAUGAGAUAUGUGUAGACUGCACUAUGAUGGCAAUAUAACUCAAGUAAACACCAACAAAAUAAUACAAUAUAUAGAUGUUUUUUGGGGGUUUUUUACCUUCAAGGCUCUGCUCAAGUUUUGUUCUGGCAACCCGGUCAAAUCCCUAGAUCAGGGGUGUCAAACUAAUUUUAGCUCAGGGGCCGCAUGGAGGAAAAUCUGUGCCAGACUAUUAAGAUCCUGGCAUUUAAACUAAAAAAUAAAGACAACUUCAGAUUGUUUUCUUUGUCUUACUUUGGCCAAAAAUAGAACAAACACAUUCUGAAAAUUUUACAAUAAAAAUAUAGAAACAAAAUACCAGCAUAUAACUGAAUACAUUUACAUAUGCAUAAAAAUGUGUUUUCUUUUGUAUUAUUUUUUUAAUGAAUUACGUAACGUUUAUGACAACCUUUUUCCAAAAUACAAUAUAGAAUGUGAGAUAUAACAGGAAAAUGCAUACAUUUAUCAUUUGUUUUCAAAACGCUUACAAAAAAGUGGGACCCCAAAAAUUUACUGUGGGACCCCAUUUUUAUGACUUGAUGGGGUCCCUGGGACCCCAUUUUGAAAAUUCCUAGCACCAAUACUGAUGUGCUGUGAUCUGCGGGCCGGUUCUAAUACUUAUCAAAUAUCAUCCCGGGGGCCAUAGAUAAUUCAUUUGCGGGCCGGAUUUGGACCGCGGGCCUUGACUUUGACACAUAUGGAUAAAUUAAUGUAUAAUUAAUAUAAUUUAAUAUGGAAGUUCAACUUCUAUCUUGUUUACUUUUGUGACGACCUCUUCAAAGCUUUGUAAUCGAUAAGAAAUAUCAAGCAGCUAAAAAAGUCAAGCAUGUGAUACGUGUGGGGAGAGUCCUUUGCCUUUUUCCCAUCAUGCCUUGCAAUGGAUUUCAAUGUCAAAUUUAAAAAAAUUAAAAUUUAAAUAUCCACAAAGUUUAUUGAGCAGGUUGUGUUAUGUGGGACCAUGUGUGUUGACUGUUAGUGCUGGUUGUUUUUUUUCCCCUGCGUCAUGACUAGGAAAGGUUGUUUGGAUUGGGUCAUAUAAGUGAAUGCCCUGCUCGAGGUGUCAAGAUGUAUGGUCACUGAUGUAUGUUUCUCACAUUGUCCACAACGUGCCAGAUUCGGCCCGCGAGCCUUGACUUUCACACCCCUGUUCUAGAUCAACUUCAGAUCACUUUGUCGAAAAAAUAUAUAUGUUUUUCAUAUUUUUCCUUGUUUUAAUGGCAAACACACAAAACGUGCAAUAUUUCCCCCCCAAAGAAAUUCAAAGUGCAUUAUUAGCUUUAAAGACAAAAACAACCUGCAUGCCAGCUUUGUGUUAUUAGUCGACAUUACAUUUAAAAUCUUUAAAAAAAAUUAUAGUAUUUUUUGGAAUCUGCCGCGGGCCGUUGAAUAGUACGCACUUUGGACACCCCUGCUUUAGUAUUGUUGUUAUGCCUUUUAGAAAAAUGUGUGCCUUUUUAAAUGCAAACUUUUUUUAAGGAGGAUAUUAAUUUGUAUCUCUUAGUUUCAUGUCAAGCGCUAACCACUUGUCUUUGCUUAGCAUUAGCCUAGCUCGGUCCAAAAUACUAAAAAGAACCGCCCCCAAAUUACAAUUAAAACAUAAUGUCAUGUUUUAACUGAGAUUUAACAAGUAUAAUAACUAAUUUUUGCUGUACUACUUUAAUUUGGAUUUUAAUAUGUCUCCAAGAGCUAACCGCUCACCGAUUCUUGCAAGCUAGUUAGCUCUUGAUUUAGCUGUAAAAUAAAUUGUGGCGUUCGUCUCCUGAAAUGUAUCAUUUUAAAAGAGAUUUGAUAUUGGAUAAAAUGUGACAUUUAGUAAAGGAGGCUUUUUCAUUUAUGUAAAGAAGAUAAAUGAUUAAAAAGAAAAAAAAAGAAAAUAAAUGUGGUUAAAGUAUUUAAACCGUAUAAUAGCAAUAAAAUAAAUACUAGAGCUAAUAAAAAUGUGUGCCUUUUUAAUUGCAAACUUUUUUAAGGAGUAUAUUAAUUUUUAUCUCUUAGUUUCAUGUCAAGCGCUAACCACUUGUCUUUGCUUAGCAUUAGCCUAGCUCGGUCCAAAAUACUAAAAAGAACCGCUCCAAAAUUACAAUUAAAACAUAAUGUCAUGUUUUAACUGAGCUUUAAGAUUGUAUUUAACAAGUAUAAUAUUUUUUUUUUUUUGCUGUACUACUUUAAUUUGGAUUUUAAUAUGUCUCUAAAAGCUAGCCGCUCACCGAUUCUUGCUAGCUUAUUAGCGCUUGAUUUAGCUGUAAAAUAAAUUGUGGCGUUCGUCUUUUGAAAUAUAUCAUUAUAAAAUAAAUAAAAAAUGUGACAUUUAGUAAAGGAGGCUUUUUCAUUUAUGUAAAGACGAUAAAUGAUUUAAAAAAAAAAAAAAUCAAUUUAAUAAAUGCGGUGAAAGUAUUUCAAUCCAAUCCACUUUAUUUAUAUAGCACAUUUAAACAACAAAAAUGUUUCCAAAGUGCUGUAUAACAAUAUUAAAAACAAUGUUCAAAUAUUAUCCUUAGCUCCACCAAUGACUGAAUAAAAACAACAAAUAAAUAAAAAUAAAAACAAUAUAAAAAUAAAUAUGAUUAAAAACGAUUUUAAAGGGUAAAACCAAUUUAAACAGAAUGAUAGCAAUAAAAUAACUACUGCAGCUAAAUUUUGUUUUACUUCUGCAUGCAUUUUAUAUUUUUUAUUUGUUUAUUAAUAUUAUAAGUAUUAAGGCUCUGCUUGCAAGGCAAGUCAGGACUUUACAUACAGUAGCCAUUUUGUUAGCUGUUAGCAUGUUAGCAUUGCCAUUUUAGUGAGAUUCUCCCUAAAAAAAAAAUAGGUUAGGACUUGACGCUACCUCCCUUGCAAGGUGCUACCUUUUACCGCAUUUGAGAGCCGUUUAUCAACCUGAAAGUACGUUGUAAGUAAGUUGUAUCCACGCUAACUGUUAGCAUUUUUGCCAAAACAAGGCGAAGCUUUAAAAAGCCACCGAAUCAAUGUGGAACAGAUGGCAGGCCACCUUCCAAAGGGAAUUUUACUUGUUUUUUUCAUUACAUAUUUUAUCAGUAAUGUAAUCAAAGAAGAAAAAUAAUGCUAUGCUAGCUGUUAUUAUUGUGAAGUCUAAAAUUAUUAAUGGACAGUUUUUAGGUAUGAAUAGGUUGUACAUGAAAUAUUAUUCCCCAAUUGUAGUUCCUGUUGUUUUAUUGAUAUUCAUUUUGAUUAUUUAUUUCAUUCAUUUUAUUUAUUCUAGCACACAAUCCCUUGUACUGUUUUUGUUGUUCUUUGUCUAAUCAAUCGUUUUUUUACCUUCUCAAUUUUAAUGCCUUCUGUCUUCUUCGGCAGACGGCUACGCCUUUUCCCAAGACGAGAACGGCGUGGUGUCGCAGUCGGAGGUGAUCCGGGCGUACGACACCACCAAGGAGAGGAGCCGGGAGUGGUGAGCGCC